UUUAAAACAAACACGUCAAGGGAAAAAUAUUUGCUUUGAAAUAUUGACUUCGAUUCCGAGAAUAACAAGACUCAACGUAGAAUCAAUUUUCACUUCCGGUCAGUUCAAUUGAGAAUGCGCAAAUGACAGCCUCGUUUGUAUGGUGAUCUCUCGUAUGUUGUUAUAGGAAAGGACGUGUGCUUUCUUUACUUUUCGAAUUUCGUUUCUCUUCUKUGCAGAAACUAGUCGUUUAACUUGUGAACGCAACCAAGAUGUCAUGAUUUUUAAGGCAUACGUUUAUUGAGCUUCGCUGUUGUUGGGAAAUUUUGAGGACCAUAAAGUUUUGCCAUAAAGCACAAAAUGUCAUUAAGUAGAACCAAAGACUUUGAUUUACAAUACAAAGUAAUUGUGAUUGGUGAAUCUGCAGUUGGCAAGUCUUCUCUCAUUAGACGUUAUGCUAAUCCAGAGCAACCUUUUGAAAAUAACAUGGUUUCCACAGUGGGGAUAGACUUUGUAAAUGUUGAUACAAAAGUGGAUGGGCUAACAGUGCGUUUACAAAUAUGGGAUACAGCAGGCCAGGAAAGAUUUAGAACAUUAACAACAAAUCAAUUCAGAGGGACAAAGGGUGUUCUUCUGGUCUAUGACAUUACUAGUGCAAAGUCCUUUGACAACUUGCAGUUCUGGAUAGAGAGUUUGAAAAAACAAAAGCUACAGCAUGAAGAAUUCUUGAUUUUGGGAAACAAAAGUGAUUUGAUUGAUGAUCGAGAAGUUCCAAAAAGAAAAGGAGAAGAGCUUGCAAGAUAUCAUGGUGUCAGGUUUUUUGAAACAAGUGCCAAAAAAGGAACAMAUGUCAAAGAGGUUUUUCAUUGUCUGGCCACCCAGAUGAAAGAUGGAAAUGAUCCUUACGUGUAUGUGCGACAAAAUGACUUCACUGAUGGAUCUACUGAACAYCAAAAAGAUGAAACAAAGAAUGAUGUUAUCCGUCCUUCUUUGAACGAUACCACAAAAGUACACAAAAAUUCUGGCUAUUCCAGUUGCUGCACAGGAUAACACAAACACAAAUUAAAUAAGUUAUUUCAUCAUAUAAUUAAUCUAUGAAAUACCGAUAUUUCUCCAUUUCAUAAA